UCAUUCUUUUGAAGUUUGCAGCAGGUCUCAUUUGGUGGAUUGCCUGAGGAAAAGCUUACAUGUUUUACUGGAUUUAACCUUUAAAUUGGAAUAUCAGUUCUAGAUUAGAUUUCGUUUUCCACAUUUUGACAGAUUUAUUAACCCGACUCAAACAUUUGUGACCCUGGGAUAAGUGCUCUUGACGCAAGCUUUGUGCCAUGGCAAACUCUUGUCUCCAACUGUGCGGCUUUCUUCUCAGCAGCCUUGGCUGGCUCGGGAUUGUGAUUGCCACAUCCACGAACGACUGGGUGACAAUGUGUAAAUACGGUGUGAACACCUGCAAGAAGAUGGAUGAGCUGCUAUCCAAGGGACCAUGGGAGGAGUGUGUCAUCUCCACAGCACUUUACCACUGUGCCUCCUUUACACAGAUCCUGGAACUGCCAGCCUACAUCCAGACUACUCGAGCCCUUAUGAUCAUAGGGUCUAUCCUGGGUCUCCCUGCGGUGGGACUCCUCCUCAUGUCUAUGCCUUGUAUCAACCUUGGAAAUGAAACCCAGAGCUCAAAGAACAAACGUGCCAUCCUGGGAGGAGUGCUGAUGCUUAUUGUUGCACUGUGCGCUAUGGUGCCAACCAUCUGGUUCCCCAUCGGUGCCAACCAGGAGCUCCGGCUCAUGUCUUUCGGUUUCUCCCUCUACACCGGAUGGGUGGGCACCGUUUUCUGCCUGCUGGGUGGCAUGAUGCUCAUGUGCUCAUCAGACUCCUCCACCUCCUCUUCGCGCACCUACCAGGACAACAACCACUUUUACUACUCCAAACAGGGAGGUGGCAAUCAGCCAGCGGCGUCCUCCAACAAUCAUGCCAAAAGUGCCCAUGUCUAAGUUUGGAUACAUUGUAGAUUCUGCAUGGUUUCUUGUAAAUAGAGACAUUUGCACAAAAGCAAUCAAAGAUUUAUGAUAUUCAUGUUCAUUGUACAAUGUGAAGAAAAACAACCAAGAACUUGACUUAUCAUGCACACAAAUAGAAAAUUUGAAUGCAAACAGUUUGAGCUGAGCUUUGUUUUUGUCCUGAAGUGCCAAUUUUCCAACCUCCUCGUGAGGGAUGUGGUGUGGACUCACCCCACUGUUACAUAAAUGUACAUGUAAUGUAAUACAAUGUACAUGUAAUGUAAUGCAAAACUUGUUUAAUGAGUACCCUAACGGUCAAUCUGAUCAGGGCCUUUUGUCAUUGAAUAUAGUUUUUAAACCUGUUUAGUGUUAGGUUGUAUUGUUUUGAUCAAAUAUGGGUAUGGCAGUGUUAAUCUGAACUGAAAUUUGUUCUCAUUGUUCAUGUACAUAGACUUUUUUGACAGUAUUAAUAACUCAUAAGUGAUGGAUGUAAUUCAAACAAUGUUUGGUAACUGGAUUUAAAUAUAGACUCUAAAGCAAAGUUUUACCAAGCAGUGAUUUAAUCCAUGUAUUUGCACUGUAAACGUUUUUUUACUAAAACAGUUAACAUAAAGCAAACAUUAAACGUCUCGUUUUAUGUUUUUACUACUUUUGUUCUGUUUUAGAUUUAAUGAAUAAUAGUUUGACCUUAAAGCAUGUGGCAUUAAACAUUUCUCAACUAUA